AUAACCAUGGACGGCUAGCCAUAUACACUAUUUGGCUACAUACCACACAACUAUAUGAUAUAGUUGUAUUACAUAUAUGGUGAUAACACCACGCACAGCUACUGAGUAGCUGUCGUCUGCCAUAAUAUAACCUCAUUUGUACUUGAAAGACAUUUAAAUCAUGUCAAAAGUUGAGGAACCAGCACCAGAAGCUGCAGAGCCAGCUGUUGAACAGGAUGUUAUAUCCGAAGAAGACAAACAAUACUUGAUGGAGUAUGUAAAAGAAACGGAACAACGCCUUGCUACAAAAGAAGAGAUUCGAGCAUCUAAUUUAAACCCUAAUCGACCCCCAGAUACAUAUUUUAGCAAACUAGAUUCAACCCUAAAAAGGAACACAACAUUUGUAAAAAAAUUGAAAAAUUUUAGUAGCAUACAAUUAGAUACAGUUCUUAAGGAUAUGACGCAUUUAAAUUUAACAAAAUAUGUAAGUGAAGUUGCCACUGCUCUAGUGGAUGCCAAAUUAAAAAUGACAGAUGUUGCACCUGCUAUUAAAGUAUGCAGUUUUCUGCAUCAGACAUAUGCAGAAUUCUCAACGCAUUUCUUUGAAAAUUGGCAAAGAAUUUUAUCUCUGAAAGUUGUAGAUAAGAUUGCAAAUCCAAGCAAACUUAGAGUAGACCUCCGCUUUUAUGCUGAGUUAGUUAAUGCAGGAAUUUUCACGCAUAAGCAAGGGUUACCUUUGCUUGGCUCAGCAUUAACAGUUUUAAUUAAUAUGGAUAAAGAGGAGCACAAUAAUGCAAUCAUUAUAUUAAGUUUUUGCAAACACUGUGGUGAAGAUUAUGCAGGUCUUGUACCUAAACGAGUAAGGGAAAUAUCAGAAAAAUUGAAUGUACAAAUUCCUAAAAGCAAAUUACUUUCACCUGAUAAACAACAGAAUGUUAGAUUAUUACUACGAGAUUAUUACAAUUCGUUGUGUAAGCACUUAUUAAAAGAGCACAAGGAUCUCCAAGCUUUUGAAAAACAGAAUCGAAAAAUAUUACAAACCAGGGGUGAAUUAAGUUCUGAAAGAAAGGAAAAACUUGAGAGUCUUCAAGUAUCGUAUGAACGGUUGCUCAAUAAUGUACAAAGUUUUUCUGAUACUUUGGAUGAACCCAUGCCAGAACUUCCUAUUGAUAAUGAAAUGAAAGCAGAAGCGGAAGAGACGUUGAAAAUGAUUAGCGAAGGAGAAGAAAAUAGUAUCUUAGAGGAUAUGUGGGGAGACGACGAAACUAGACGAUUCUAUGAAGUUUUACCUGACUUGGUAGUAUUUCUUCCAGGAUCAUAUUUAAAAGAAGUACCUAAGCAAGACGCCCCGAUAAGCGAAGAAGCCUUAGACGAAGAAGUAACGUUUGACGAAUUAGAAGAAACGGAAAAAGUAGAUGAACCCGAAGCAGAAGUAGAUGAACCUCAAGUCUCAAACAUAAGUAAUAAAAUACUUUUGGAUGCGUUUCUAACUCAUCUACCAACUUGUGUAAAUCGUGAAAUGAUAGACAACGCAGCAGUACAUUUUUUAAUGACUCUCAACACAAAACAUAACAAGAAGAAGUUAGUAAAAGCAUUAUUUGGUGUGUCUAGAAUUCGUUUGGAUCUAUUACCAUUCUAUUCACGUUUGGCUGCUAUCCUUUAUCCUGUUAUGCCUGAUGUGGGAAAUGAUCUGUGUCUAAUGUUAAAGCAUGAUUUUAUAUAUCAUGUACGCAAAAAGGAUCAAAUUAACAUUGAAUCAAAAGUAAAAGUUGUCAGAUAUAUUGGAGAACUGGUCAAAUUUAAACUUUACUCAAAGAUAGAGGCAUUAUACUGCUUAAAAGUUCUGUUACAUGAUUUUACUCAUCAUCAUAUUGAAAUGGCUUGCAAUUUAUUAGAAACAUGUGGAAGAUAUUUAUUUUGUUCGCCGGAUUCACACCAAAGAACAAAAGUAUAUUUAGAACAAAUGAUGCGUAAAAAAGCAGUCACUGCAUUGGAUUCGCGUUAUGUAACGAUAAUUGAGAAUGCAUAUUAUUUUGUAAAUCCACCAGAAUCUACAGGUGGUGUUUCUAGAAAGGACAGACCACCGAUUCAUGAAUUUAUAAGAAAAUUAUUGUAUCAGGAUCUCUCAAAGACAAAUACCGAUAAAGUUCUUAAAUGGAUGCGUAAGUUAGACUGGGAAGACGAAAGUGUUUCGUCUUAUGCCAUUAAAUGUCUCACUGCCGCAUAUAAUGUUAAAUAUUUAAAUAUUCGUUGCGUAGGAAGUUUAUUAGCAGGACUUGUUGCACACUAUGAAACUAUAGGCCCUCACGUAGUCGAUGGUGUGUUGGAAGAUAUAAGACUAUGUAUGGAAAUUAAUUUACCAAAAUUUAAUCAACGUCGUAUCGCUAUGGUUAAAUAUCUUGGAGAAUUGUAUAACUAUCGAAUGGUAGAAAGUGGAGAUAUUUUCCGAACCCUAUACCUUUUGAUUACUUUUGGAGUUAGUAUGGAUCAUGCUGUACCAAGUAUCCUCGAUCCACCCGACCACCUGUUUAGAAUUCGACUAGUUUGUACAUUAUUAGAAACCUGUGGACAGUAUUUUAGUGGUGGUUCUAGCAAGAAAAAACUUGAUUAUUUUUUAAUAUUCUUUCAAAAUUAUUAUUGGUUUAAAUACACAGAUCCUAUUUGGACUCCCGAGAAUCCUUUUCCUGUAGGUAUAGAUUACAUGUAUCGUGACACGUUAACAAUGCUAAGGCCUAAAAUGCAAUUGUUUCAAAGUUACAAAGAAGCCCAAUGUGCUGUGGAGGAAUUACGAAAUACGUUAUACCCAACUCUUGGAAAUCCUAUUGCUGAGGAUGGUGCUACUCGUACAGAUGGAGAAUCUGAUAUGGGUGUAAUUGCAGAAGGAGAUGAAGAACUAACUAUCACCACUGGAAAUGGCAGUGGGGAUGCUAAAGGUGUAGCUGAUUUACAUUUUGAAGAAUCUGAAGAUUGUUCCGAGGCACAAUCGGAAGAAGAGUGGACAGCUGAUGCAGAGAGGGAUGAUACUAUGGGUACUCAAGAAAAUACACAGGGAGAUCAAAGUCUUUCAGAAGGUGGUACAGAUGGUGUUCUAAUGGAUGUUACAGAAUUAAAUGCAGCAUUACCAGCUGGUCCUAGAAGAGUAAGUUGCCCGGAAGACGAUGACUUUUUGUCGGCUCUCGAUAAAAUGGUUUCGGAUAAUAUACAAGAUAGAAUGCGAGAUUCAGUGAAACCACAACAAGUAGACAUUUCAGUUCCUUUGCAUGUAAAAAGUACUAAAAAAACGUAUGAACAAUUGCAAGAGAGACCUACUGAUAAUAGUACAGUCGACUUCGUGCUUAUGCUCAGAAAAGGUAACAAACAACAGUACAAAAACUUGGCAGUUCCUGUCUCGUCAGAGUUGGCAAUGAACCUUCGAAAUCGUGAACAAGAACAGAAAGAAGAAAAAGAACGAGUUAAAAGAUUGACAUUGAACAUUACAGAAAGACAGGAGGAAGAAGAUUAUCAAGAAACAAUUAAUCAAAGUACAAGACCAGUGACAGUAAAUUUAAAUAGAGAACGGCGACAAAAAUAUAAUCAUCCUAAAGGCGCACCGGAUGCCGAUCUUAUUUUUGGUCCAAAAAAGAUUCGAUAGACUCAUUUCAUUAUUCUUGAAAGAAUAUUUGUCAUAUUAUAAAAUCACAAGUAAUUUUACAUAAAAUUAAACGAUCUCUAUAUUUUCUGUGUAGCAACUUGCAACAGACUAUUGUUUCAUUUUUAAUUUGAAAUCCACGUCUGUCUGUUAUCGAUACAGAUUCUCUAUCAUAUGUGAUUUUUCUUGUAAAGGAUAUUGUUUUGUAAGUAUAUUAAAAAUGCAUUAGUAUAUCAUAAGUGUCAAUAUGUAUUUCAAUAUAUUUAAAUGAAAAAAAUCGAAUAACAAAGUUACGGUUUUUUUUAUACAAUCGAUACAUUUAAAUAUAACUGUAUUGUUGCUUGGUAUAUGUAUAAUAAAUUACAUAACUUUUAUGUACGAAUAAAAAUAAUUUCAAAUUU